CUCUGGUUGGGUACGCAACCUAAAUAUAUAGCUAAAUUGUGUUCCCUCAUUCCCACACAAUUUAUCAAUUAUGGAAAUUUUGAAAGUGGACGCCGUAGGAUUUCUCCUCAUGUCACUAAUGGUUCAAAUUAGUAACUCUCUCACCUUCCCGAUUGAUCCCCCGCAGCAACAAUAUUACGAAAAUGAGUUGGGCGAUCACACCUUUGAUGGCCAAAGUGCCGUACUUGGGGGACUCUUAGGAGGUGGAAUUGCCGCCGCCACUGGUGGUUUUGUCAGUCCCGAAUUUAGUUUGGCGUUUGGCGCAUUUGGUGGAACAAUUGGAGGGGCAAUUGGAGCAUUCGAAGAAACCGAGAGAAAUGGACUGUCCGUGAUUGGAGGAGCAAUAGGUGGAGCCUUAGGGGCCGGAGCAGGUGCCAUGUUAGGCAACAAAAUUCGCGAAUCUGGAUGGUUUGGUUUUGCCAAACCAGACGCAGCUUUCACUCUACCUCUUAGCAAUUUAUCCAACGCAAUCCCAAACCCACUUAACCUUGUCUCCUCUAAACCAUUGGAAUCCAUUGAAAAAGCAGUGCCGCAACCUUUAAAGGAAAUUGCCGCCAAACCCCUCGAAAUGGUCGGCAAACCGGCAGAGGUUCUCGAAAAGCCUUUGCAAGCGGUCGGCAAACCGGGAGAAAUUCUAUCAAAACCUGUGGAAGCAGUCGGAUCUGGCCCUGCAAAAAUUUUGGAGCCACUUAAGGCCCUGCCCAACCCUCUCAGUUUUGGGAAGAGAUCAAUGGUCGAUGGACUCACACAAACGGCCGGUUUGGCGACAUCUCUCGCAACGGGGGAUGGAAUUUUGAAAGCAUUGUUUAAGCCGUUGUACGGUGCAGCAAUUAGUGGACUGUUUGGCGCCUUAGGAGGUGGCCUUGGCGCCUACAUAGGAGCCUGGGGAUUUGAUGUGAUUAAUAAUUUGUUAUAAAUUCAGAAUAUGAGUAUGAAUUGGAACGAAAUGUGGUAAUCAUGUGAUAAAAAUAUAUAGUGUAUGUCAUCAUCAAUUAUUGUAGAUGUAUUUAUUUGAU